AUGGACUAUCUGGACCUUGACCUCGAAGAUACUCGGCUUAACACUACAUUUCCUGCUCCAGGCGAGAUCCGUCAUAUAUCGUACCACUCAGAUCCGGACAUUGGCAAACGCAUGAUAGAAGAUGAGGAGAUAUGGCACACCAAAGAUAAUCUAGGGGAGGGUGGCUUUGGGACAGUAUGGCUACAAGAACGAAUCUCUCACAAUGGAUCAAAAAAGCCAUCAUUUCGGGCCGUCAAAAUGCUGGACAAAUCUGGAAAGUCCACAAACAUGUAUAAGAAGGAGCUGAUGGCCAUGGCCAAGUUCUCAAAGCCAUUGUAUCGCCGUUGCUUCAUCGAAUGCUAUGGCUGGUAUCUACAGGAAGAAAACGUUUGCAUCGCCAUGGAAUAUGCUAGACAUCAGGACCUUCAAAAACAUCUUACCAGGUCAUUCCCCGAAAGCGAAGCUGGUUUGAUCGCUUCACAACUCGCGGAGGGUCUUAGGUUCAUGCAUGACAACAAGUACGCCCAUCGAGAUCUGAAGCCAGCAAAUAUUAUGGUCAUGUAUCCAGGGCCAGAUUGGUGGGUUAAGAUAGGUGAUUUUGGAAUCAGCAAGCGAGCUGUUGAAGGUGUCACUAGCCUACACACGAAAGUCUUCACCCCAGACUACGCAGCACCCGAGCUCCGCGGUCUCGGUGUCUCCAGAGCCGUCAACAAUGGUAAAAAGGAUGAAGUAGCGUACACCUUCGCGAUUGAUAUGUGGUCCUUCGGCGAGAUAUGUGUCCGCUUACUGACCAAAACGGCCGCAUUUCCUGAAUUGAUGCAACUUGUUGACUACAAGCUAUAUGGUAUCUUUCUACCUGAUGAUGCUUUGUUCCGGAACGGCCUAGGAUCAGACUGCCGUUCCUUUAUCCGCAAAGCUAUGGAUAUGAAUCCUGAAAAUCGGUUCACAGCUGAAGAGGCUCAAGGGCACCCUUGGAUUACAAAGUUUAAAAAAGCACCCUACUCCCAGGACGUAAGGAGUCCGACACCUCCGUCCAGCGAAAUUGUCCCCAUGAACAAUGCAGCUGAGGAGAUUACCGUUCAAGCACGGCCGCAGUCACAGGGCACUGCUGUAUGGGACACUGUUGAGUCACUUCAGGCUACGGUUAUCAGCCGCGAUAAGAUUGAGACAUCUCAGGCUCCCAAAGAGCGCACCCAUGUUAUUGUCGACAAGAAUACAUUGACAGACGAGACCGAUGAGUUCUUGCGUGCUUUUGGUGACGUCCAGAGUGCUUGGUCUAUUGGCGCCGAGAACUUGAACCAGUCAGAGCAUUCAGAUAAAGGUUCAGGUGGGUCGAAGCCACGGAUCAUCGAAGCUUUUGAGGAAAAGGAUCGAAAAGCUCGAACUGGCAAUAUAAUAAAUCGUCGCAGUACCCCCGAUGGGAAGCUGGCACAAUCGCAAAAUAUCGAGCCGGGUGAUUAUCUCUUUGUCCUCUAUGACUUUGCGGCUCGGAGCAGCGACGAACUGACCAUAAUGCGCGGUCAAAUCAUCCUGCUCAUUGAGACAGACCAAAUUUACAAAGAUGAGUGGUGGAAGGGCGAAGAAGUUCGAACGAAGGAGAGGGGAAUUUUCCCUGCACGUUACACUAGAAAAGCUCAGGAGGAUGAGAAAGAGUUGUAUAAGAUAAGCAUCAACACGCCUCUGAAACUCGAUCCCUCAGUUUUCACCUUGGCCCAUAAAGAGCCUUCCCAGCCUGGAAAAAGCUUACUUUCGGCUGAGCGUCCUAUCUCGACAGGUUCUAGCUCAGCUGGAAACGAUCGUUAUGUCAAACCUAAAUCAGACAAGGAAGUCCAGCCCUUACCUUUCGUGAAAAACUCCCAGUCACGCACGAAAAAGAUUUUUGGCUUCUUUCGAUGA